CACGGACCAAUAUCGAUAUGACGACGCCGGCGCCGACGAUCCCCAAGUUCCACAUCAAGCGGGAGGCGCCGCCGGUGGCCGACGAGCUCAGCGACGACGAGGACGAAGCGCCUUCUCCUCCGCGCCAAAGCAAGUUUGACCUUCCCAAAGACGCGCUGAAGCGGGAGAGCAUCCCCACGAACUUCUACUUUGUAGAGUCGUCCCAAAACUACGCGUUCGAGCAGUCGUUGCAGCACUACAAGCGCAAGGCCGAGCCUGUCAAGACUGAGGUCGGCGCCAAGAAGAGCAAGAAGGAGGCCUCUGACAAGAAGGCCAAAGCGUCCAAUACGAUCGACAUGGCCGACCUCGUGCGCUCCAACGAAGCGCUCAAGCGCUCGAACGAUGAAGUCGUGCGCUCCAACAAGGCUGUGAUUGCCGCCAACGAAAACACCGUGCGCGCCAACGAGGCCCUCGGCAAGGAGCUGCGCAAAGCCACGACCACCAUCAACAGCGCGUUGGAAGUCGUUUCGGCGGUCUGGCAGCAGUACCAGACACUACUCGAGCGAGAUAUCUUUUUGCGACAACAAGAGAUGCGCCGCCGCGGCCGCGACAGCGACGACGACGACGAGUACAACGACGACAUCCCGCGCAUCUCGGUUUGAACACGACAGCUACCGGUAUAUUUUAACAAGACUCACGCCUUAUCGUACUCUG